AUGAGCUUCGGGAACGACUCGCCGGUAAGUUCCUACUCUUCCUCGUCUGUUUCGAUUUCACCUCCCCCGAGCCCUAGCAAAAUCUCCAAAGCCCUUGUCCAAACCAAACCCACGCAUGGCGGAGCAACCUCCUCUUUCCAGCGGCCAUCUCGGUCGAAACCUUCCAUAACACCCACGAAACCUCCAUCUAAGACCACUAAAGCCAUUGCAACCCUUCAUUCCAAAACUCUUCAACCAAAAACCAAAACUACCCCUAAGCCAAAGCCUAAUACACCUUCGAGACUGAGGCAGCGUCCAUCAUCUACGGCUACCAGUAAGCCCUAUACCAAGCCUGGCCCACCACCAUUCUUUCCUAACAUAACUCUGAUGGGUGCAACACAUGACCCACUUCCAGCCUACCUUCACAAUGCACCAUCACUAGCCGUUCAUCCACCGCCCCCACUUUCUAUCCAGCCCCAAGCCACCAUUUAUCCAGUCGACUCAGACGUGUCAAGCCAAUCGCCGCGUUCACCCAUCGUCAUAUCCUCCCCUAGGUCGCCUCAUACUCCAUCAGGCACCCCUCCACUUACUCCACCCAGACUCCCCCUCUGA